UAUUCGAAACAGUUAGUAAAUGUCAGUAAAUAAGCAAAUAUAAUAACGUGGUGCUGCGUUUCAUACGAAUAGAAAUUCAUAUAAAACAAUAAUUGUGAUACUACAUCUCACUUGGACUGAAAUUCAUAUAGAAGAAGAAGAAAUAUAUCGCGAGAUGUCCAAGUUGCCGGAUUUGUAUGACGAGAGUGCGAAUGAUACAAGGAUCGAGGAUUAUCUGGAGGAGAGUUCCAUUCAAGAUAAUUAUAAAAAAUUAAAACACGAAUAUGAAUGUUAUCGGCAAGAGAUGCAUGUUUUACGACUCAAACUGGAAGCCAGCGAAGCACUGAAUAAAGAGCUCCAAGAAACGAACGAGACUUUGGAGCAAUCGGUCGAUCAAUAUAGAAUGAAAAUGGAUAGAAUGUUUGCUGAGAACAAAGAAAAAUAUAGAGCUGAGAGAGAAGAAUAUGAAAAUUAUAUUGCAGAUUUAGAAACAAAAACUACACAAACUAUGCAAGAGAUCACAGAUUUACGUGAGGAGUUAAAAAGAUAUAAGGAUAUAAAUAAACAACCACAUUUACCUAUUUGUACAGAUGAUAAUGUAACAAUAUAUAAGGAAAAAAAUAAGGAGCUAGCUAUACUUCUUAAAAAUGAGAAACAAAAUGGAGAACAAUUAGAGGAGAAACUUGCAAAUAUGGAAGCUCAAUGUCAAGAAUUUGAAAAUCUCUUGAAAAUAAAAUCAGAACAAUUAAUGGAAAAAAAUGAAGCUUUAGAAAACAUACGGGAGGAAUUAGCUAUUAAUCGUAUGGAAUUGGAAUCAUUAAAAGUAACUCCUACUAGUGAUACAUGUAAAGGCAAUUCUCUAUUUGCUGAGGUUGAAGAUCGCCGACAAAUGUUAUUGGAUCAAAUGAAAGAGCUCCAGAUUAAGCACAAGGAAAUAAAACGAGCGUUAAAUACAAAAAUGAAAGAAAACCAUCUAUUGACGGCAGAGAAAGUUGUCUUAAUCAGAAAAUGGGAAACUGAUGUAAUUGAUACACAGCAAGAAAAUGCAGAUCUUCUGGAUAAAUAUAAAAGUAGAAUCUUUGAUCUUGAGAAUAAAUUAAAAAUUGAAAUAGAAAGAAACAAUCAAGUGGAAAAAAUACAAUCUGCAGAUGACAGUUUCAAUUACGCUCAAUCAUUAGUAGCUAAAACGAAAAAAGAAUUAAAAGAAUUGAAUGAAAAAAUGGAAAAACAAAUUAUGCAAAUGUUAAUACAAGAAGAAGCAAAUCACAAUAUCUCGAAGCAGCUUCGUUAUUGGCGAUCUAAAGCAAUGUCUAUGGAGGUUCAAAUUUUGGCUAUAAAAACGCAAUUAGAAACAGAACAAACAAAUAAUAAUGAUAACAAAAAUGUGUUAGAAAUUUUUGAAAAUUUAAAUGUUAGUAUUGCUAAUGCUGAUUUUGAAAAAAGUAAUGAUGAUUUAAAAAUUAUAUCUAAUAAUCUCACGCCGGUGAAUAAUAUAUGUCAACAAAAUUUAAGAGUCUCAGAAAAAUCAAUAGUAGAUGAAUGUAUAAAUGAUCAGAAAGAAUCUAGUAAAAAAGUCGUACAUUUUGCUACAGAUACAAAGGAUACUGAAAAUAAAUCUUUGAAAAAACAAUCAAAACGGUAUGAUAAAUAUCCUAUUAUAGUUAUUAAUGAUGAUUCUUUUUCUCUUAUGGAGAAAGAAUAAUUUUUUACAAUAUUAAUAAUCUAAUACAAUAUCUUAAAAUAUUUUAUAAUUUAUCGUUUUUUGUCGAAUUCGAUAUUGAUAUGAAAAAGAGUAAAACUAUCAAAA